AUGUUGUUAUCCUCUCUGAUCUCGCUGGCAUUGCUGAGCAGUCAAGUCGUCGCUGAUCCAGCCUGGGCCCCUCCUGAUAAGGGGCUCAAGCCUGAGGUAGCCCGCUUGUUGCCCCCGUUUCUUCGUUAUCGCCGACCGAUCUACGCCAUCGCACAUCGGGUUGUGACCGUUGGUGGCAUCAAAGACGCCAUCUCUCAUGGCGCCAAUGCCUUUGAAGUGGAUAUGUGCGCCGAUAGCAUUGGAGAAGGUUGGUGGGCAAACCACGACUGCACGAAUGGCCGGAAAGCGGGUGAUAGUGCGCGCAAGAUCUUUGAAACUUUUGCGGCAGAGCGGAAGCGAGGGAAAACGGUGACCUUUGUCUGGCUAGAUUUCAAAAACCCGGAUGCCUGCGUUAAGAAUCAGGGGUGCUCUAUCGAGGCAAUCCAGCAGUUAUGCCGCGAUAUACUGGAAAAACAAGGCAUCCGCGUCCUUUACGGGUUUUACAAAGCGGAAGACAGUCGCGCGUUCAAGACGAUACGUAACAACUUGAAUGACAGGGAGGCCAUCUCCCUUAACGGCGCGACCACCAAGGUUCUGAAGCUGUUUGAAGGCACCGCACCGAAGGUUUCAAAGCACCAGCGAGUCAUGGAUUAUGGCGAUACCUACCUUGACAAAGGCUUCGGCGACUGCACUGAGAAGGAUUGGUAUACCUGCACGGAGCUACGACAGGGCGCCGACUUGCGUCGCAAAGGGAAGCUCGGGAAGGUUUUCGCGUGGACCAGCACGGUCAAUCAAGGCCGCCUAGUUGACCAGCUCCUGGGAAAGGCACAUGUCGACGGCAUUAUCUACGGUUUUAAAUUGACCGACUACUAUGACCACGCAGACUCACGCGCUGCUGCGAAUGACAUUAUCAGUUGGGUCAAGCGUCGGCGUGCGCUCUAUUACAUGGCGACCAACGAUAACAAUCCAUGGAUUGAUAUCCAUAAACUAUUCUUGUAUCUUUUGAGUUGGUUUAGUUGCAUCUUGCUGCUUAUGAUGAACGAAUGGACUUGCCCGCAAGAUGGAGCUUAA